CACUUUACAUUAAGUUGUUUUCAGAAUUUGGAAAAUACGAUCAAAAAACGUGGCGAACACAAUUCCGCUUUCUGUAAUUUGUCAAAUAAAAUGUCUCUCCGUGCCUUCUCUUGAAAUGGUAACAUCAGCCACUAAUAUUCCAUGCUCGUAUUUUGAAAGAAAAGGCAUCAAAUAUCCGGUGUUAUUGUGUCAGAGAUCUCCCAGCUUGAUGCAGGGGUGCUGUCGACAGCCUGCAGCUUCAGAAAAUAGCAGACUAAUUUAUCCCGGGUAUAAAUAAUCGUUCCGGAAGAUGGUGGCUAAACAGAGGAUCCGCAUGGCCAACGAGAAACACAGCAAGAACAUCACGCAGAGAGGAAACGUAGCCAAGACGCUGGUGAGCCGUUAACUGACAGCGAGAUGCCAGCAUGACAUUAGCCCAGAUAGGUGACGUUCACUCCGCGACCACAAGAGGAGAAGUAUCCUGUGGGUCCCUGGCUGCUUGCCCUCUUUGUAUUUGUUGUGUGUGGAUCAGCCAUAUUUCAGAUCAUCCAGAGCAUCCGAAUGGGGAUGUGAUGCAGAAGAAGCGUCCGGAUUCCUGUUCCCCCCCCCUCAUGCCUUCACUGAGCCUGGCUAGCCCGCACCUGCACACCCCUGACCCCUUCCAGAGGCCCAGAGACUGACGCCAAAGCUUCGGAUCCAGCAGACCUCAGAGAGAGAAGCUUCCCCAACCACUGCCUCCACCAACCCCUCCUGGGGACAUCUGCCUGCCCUCGAUCAGUGUUUACAGUGUUGCAGUCUGUGGUACAGACAGCUUUUCUAUUGACAGUCUAAAACCACGCCGGCUGGAGAACAUGUGUGUGUCUCAUUACUCACUUGGCACCUGUGCGUGUGUGUGUGUGUGUAUGAUUGAAGUUGUGACUGCUGACGUGAGAGUGUGUGCAGCCAGUGAUUCCUGCUGACAAUGUGCCAUAUCUGUCUGUUCAAGUAUUCGUCUGUGCUAUGUGAGAAGAAUCUUUUUUCAAAUAAAUGUCAAACAUUUAGGAAGCA